CCCCCCGACGCAGCAGCAGCAUCUCUGCUAUCGCCGCCGCAGCAACAGCCGCCGCCGCGACCUCCUCCCGCGCCCGCACGGAGCGCGGUCCCCGGAUGGCUGCUUGUCGUCCCGGUCGACUCCGCGCUUCCAGGGCAGGCUGAGUCCCUUCCCGCGCCAGGUGGGCAGCCUCUGACCCCUCCCCGCCACCAGCCCGUCCAAGAUGCCGGAGCAGAGCAACGACUACCGGGUGGUGGUCUUUGGGGCCGGGGGUGUGGGCAAGAGCUCGCUGGUGCUGCGCUUCGUCAAGGGCACCUUCCGGGACACCUAUAUCCCCACCAUCGAGGACACCUAUCGGCAGGUGAUCAGCUGUGACAAGAGCGUCUGCACACUGCAGAUCACUGACACCACCGGCAGCCACCAGUUCCCAGCCAUGCAGCGCCUGUCCAUCUCCAAGGGCCACGCCUUCAUCCUGGUCUUCUCGGUCACCAGCCGGCAGUCGCUGGAGGAACUGCGGCCCAUCCACCAGCAGAUCGUGCAGCUGAAGGGUGGCGGGGAGGCCUUCCCCAUCAUGCUGGUGGGCAACAAGUGCGACGAGACCCAGCGGGAGGUGCAGACGCCAGAGGGGGAGGCCGUGGCCAAGGAGUGGCAGUGCGCCUUCAUGGAGACCUCGGCCAAGAUGAACUACAAUGUCAAGGAGCUCUUCCAGGAGCUGCUCAACCUGGAGAAGCGCCGCAACAUGAGCCUCAGCAUCGACGGGAAGCGCGCCAGCAAGCAGAAGCGGACAGAGAAACUGAAGGGCAAGUGCAGCCUCAUGUGAGUGGCCAGCCGGCAGGAGGCACCCACCCAUCCCUCACCAUCCAUCCGUCCGGUCACCUCCACCUCCUUCCCUCUCCUGUGGCCCGGCUCUCUUGGUGCUCCCCAGACCCUGCGGCCUCCCCUCCUGCCCCUCCAACUCCCCAGCAGCAGCGGACUCGGACUGGAGGACUCAGCUGGCGGCGGCUCAGGCCUCCCUGCAAACUGACAACUCAGCCAGACUGUGGUGAGCCCCCUCCCCUGCCAUCCCUGGAGCAAACCUCAGUGGGAACAGAGGAAAGAAGAGCUGCUUCUGCUCAAGGGGGAUUUGCCCACUGGCCCACCCUUCCUCAGACUGCCAGACGGGAGGGGCCGAAGGUGCCCUGACUGACUUCGGCCUGAUGAUGGAGAGCCAGCGGUCCAGCCUGCCCAUCAGCCUGAAGCUGCAGAAGACUCUGGAUUUGGUCAAGAGGGGCCCUUGGGUGACUGCGACCCUCCCAGGUCUGCACAAACACCGGGGGGUGGGAUUGCUUGGCUUCUCACCAGUGAGACCCACCUCACUCCAUCACCCUUGCCAGACCCCAGCCUGCCUUUCUUGGUUUCAUCACCCAGGCCCUGCUGGAGGCCACUGAAGUAGUGCAGGGCCCCAAUGGAGGAGUCCACAGGGAGAGCCCCUCCCCACUCCAAAGAAGGCCCCUCUCACUGCCCUGGUGCUCCAGAGCCAGCAAAGCAGCGCCUCCCAGGAGGCCAUCCCUCCAUCUUUCCCUCCCCCAUAUGCCAUGCCAGACAGUGAACAUGCAGCUUAUUGUGACCUACCCUUAUCAUUAUUUAUUUUUAAUUUA